AUGGCUGCACGAAGAGGGACGCCGAAGAUAAUCUUCAGCGACAACGGGACUAACUUCGUGGGGGCCAAUAGAGAAUUGCAAGGGGCCGCCUCAAGGGAAGGAAUCACAUGGCGAUUCAUCCCACCUGGAUGUCCGAAUAUGGGAGGCGCCUGGGAAAGAAUGGUCCGCUCGGUAAAGACAUCAUUAAUGACCGUUCUUAAAGAAAAAUCACCACCAGAAGAGGUCCUACACACGCUCCUCCUCGAAGUGGAGCAUAUCGUGAACUCGCGUCCCCUCACCCACAUCAAUCCUGCGCCGGGCGUGUUUGAAGACCACGAUCUCAUCGGGAAGGCGAACUGGAGGACAGCGCAGCGCUUGACGGACCACUUCUGGCAAAGGUGGCUGAAGGAAUACCUGCCAACUUUGAUGCCGAGGAAAAUAGCCGGCCGGGAGACCGAAGACCCUCAAGUCGGCGACGUCGUAUUAAUAGUCGACGCGACGCUACCAAGAAACACUUGGCCACGAGGGGAAGUGCUGCGAGUGUAUCCUGGACCGGACGGCAGAAUAAGAAUCCUCGACGUGCGAACACCCGGAGGAGUGCUGCGGCGACCGACGCGACGAGUGGUAGUCCUGGUUCCUGCCAAGACGUCGCAUCCGGAGGAAGGAGUGCUUCGCACUGCGGGGGAGAAUGGAUGGAAAGGAGAAUUAGAUAAAGCAUUCCACCACGUUCACACACAACAAAAGGAACUGAAGGAGCAGAUAGCCUCAGCUUCCCUCAAAAUCGCUGAGUUAGAAAACGAUAGAACAAAGCUUCAACAGGAGCUCAACACUCAAGCACAAUCAUUUUUGCGCACCGAGAUCGAAAUAGCUGGCAUGGCCGAGUCACCGCGGGAGAAUCUAUUUCACAACGUUCUUGUUAUAGCACAACGAGUUGGUGUGAAACUGGAAGACAGAGAUAUAGACUCGGUUACGAGAGUUGAGGCUCCACGACGCUCACUGGCCGGCACUACGUCUACCGACCUGGAUGGAGGUCAAAGUAACCCACCCUCGGCCUGUCGUGGUUCGCUUCACGCGACGCGGGACACGUGA